GUAUGUAUAUGUAUAUCUGUAUGACUGUAUCUAUACAUAUUCUUUUCGGGUUGCUUCUUUUACUGAAUUUUGAUUUUCAUCUUUUCUUUUUUUUCUGUUUUUCUAUUUUGUUGCACACUCAAUGACGUAAACUCAUUACUUUGUUCUAUGUUUGAACUCGCUGCACACAAACAGAGAGAAAAAUUGAUCAUAAGUUGAAUUCUGCAUUGUUUCGUUUGUCAACAGCGGAAUUUGAAAUUUUGAAUAGAAUUGGGAUUUCUGAAAUUUUUAUAUUCUGUUGGGGAGUUCUGAGGAUUGAAUAUAAUGGAAAAGGAGAAGGAGAAGUAUCCUAUAGGAGCAGAAAAUUACAUUCUGUAUGAGGAGAUCGGGACGGGAGCCAGCGCCUUGGUUCAUCGCGCUCUUUGUAAUCCUCUUAACGAGAUUGUUGCAAUCAAAAUUCUCGAUUUUGAACGCGGAAAUUGUGAUCUGAAUAACAUUUCACGGGAAGCACAAACGAUGGUUCUGGUUGAUCAUCCCAAUGUUCUUAAAUCACACUGCUCCUUCGUUAUAAAUCAUAAUUUAUGGGUUAUAAUGCCGUACAUGGCCGGAGGUUCUUGUCUCCACAUAUUGAAGGCCUCACACCCAGAUGGUUUCGAGGAGGUUGUUAUUGCUACAGUUUUGCGUGAGGCAUUGAAGGGCUUGGACUAUCUUCACCAACACGGUCACAUUCAUCGGGAUGUUAAAGCUGGAAAUAUUCUCAUUGAUAAUCAUGGUGGAAUCAAACUGGGGGAUUUUGGUGUUUCUGCAUGCUUGUUUGAUUCAGGUGACAGACAUCGCAUGAGGAAUACAUUUGUGGGCACUCCUUGCUGGAUGGCACCGGAGGUCAUGGAGCAAUUGCAUGGUUAUGAUUUCAAAGCAGAUAUUUGGUCUUUUGGUAUAACUGCUUUGGAGCUUGCACAUGGCCAUGCACCUUUUUCAAAGUAUCCUCCAAUGAAGGUAUUGCUUAUGACCUUGCAAAAUGCGCCACCUGGUCUCGAUUAUGAGAGAGAGAAAAAAUUUUCUAAGUCUUUUAAGCAGAUGAUAGCUAGUUGUUUGGUGAAAGAUCCAUCAAAAAGGCCAUCAGCAAAAAAGUUAUUAAGGCAUUCUUUUUUCAAGCAAGCUAGAUCAAGUGAUUAUAUUGCAAGUCUUCUGGAAGGGCUCCCAGCUCUUGGUGAUCGUCUUCAGGCAAUAAAGAGAAAGGAGGAAGAUAUGCUUGCACAAAAGAAAAUACCAGAUGGGCAGAAAGAGGAAAUGUCUCAGAAUGAGUAUAAACGUGAGAUUAGUAGUUGGAACUUCAACGUUGAUGAUAUGAAAGCUCAGGCUUCCUUGAUCAAGGAUGAAGAUAUUAUAGCAGCAAAAGAUGAAGAUAUGCACGGCAAACAACUUCAGCUUCAGUUAUCUUCGUCCAAACAGUUAUCACAUCUUCAACGUCAAUCAUCUUUAACGAGUCAACAUUCAGAAGUAGUAGAUUCUGAUGAUAAUAGUCAGCCUGCUUCGCUUUCAUCGGUGGACUCCACUAAUAACAAUGAUAAACUCCAAAGUGAACCCCAAACCUCAUCCUGUUGCAAUGGACCUUCCAUUUCUCAAACAGUAGAUGAUGUGCAAUUGCAAAUGAUUUCAAAAGCAAACAGUGAUGAACUUGACGAGAAGGAAAAGUGUCCAGUUGUUCAACAAAAAGGACGUUUCAAGGUUACAUCUGAAAAUGUUGAUGUUGAAAAGGUGGUUCCAGCUCAAGUGCUACACAAAAGCCACAGCGUGCAGGUGACAUCUCAGCAUCCUGCUAAUUCUCCACCAUUGCCACCCGAUGCUACACUAUCAAAUCCUUUUGGUCUAGCUCUUUUUCCUGCUUUGCAGUCUGUUUUGCAUACAAACAUUCUUCAAAGGCAGGACUGUAUUCUUAGUCUCAUGAAGCAAAUCACCGGACGUGGCUCUACAGCCUUUUCUGCAGAUGUGGGAUGUGCGUCGAUGAACCCUGGCAUGGAGGAGAAAUCUUUGGUAUAUAUUGUUAUAAGUGUCAAAUUUUAUUGUAACUACACGACUGUCUACUGGGGUUAGGUUAUGUACUGUCUACUGGGGUUAGGCCCCAACAGGAUUUUUAAUUCGUGUCCUCAGGGAUUAGAACUCAAGACCUUUCCUUUCUAAAGAGACUUCAAUGGGAUGUUGGUGUCAGUAUGGCAAGUGAAGCACAACCUGACGGUAUGUAAGCUAACAUCUCCAAGUGAAUAGCCCCUGGGAGAAUGGUCAAGAUUGGGAAAAUCGGAGGUCGUUACAGUUACCUUCAGAUUUUUAGCUCAUGAUAACAUAUGUUAAACUGAUGUGUAGAUUUGCUAGAGAUUCCCUUCCUCUUCAACAAUACCCAUUACAAGCUUUGAUCUAUUAGAUGAUUUACUUAUUCAAUCAUUUUGUGGUAUUCACUGGGAAUUAUGUCUGUUAACAUUUUUUGUAGUUUGAAUUACUCUUGCAUGACUCGCUUAAGAAUAAUUGUUGAGUCAACAUUCAAUAUCAAAUAAUUCACCUUUAAGCAUUAAAUUUUUCAUUACUAUAUUUGCUUUUUCCUUUAGAUUUUCGUUUAGCUCUUCUAAACCUUAAAUGUCCUGUAUGUUUCGUUGGUAUAUUACCUUUUACACGUUGAUUUACCAGUUUUAGUAUUUCUUGGUU